AUGGAAAAUUUAAUUACCUUCAACGAAAAAAAUAAAUAUGAACCAGUUGGCAGUCUGUCCGUGACUAUGGAGAAUCAGAUAUUGCUUGAUAUAAGAUCAGUAAUAGACAGUGGACUUGUAACUGAAAUAUUUAGUCAAAAUAGUCCUGUUAGUUCUGAAAACUUUAGUCUGGAAACCAAAGUCAUUAAUAACCCCAUUGAAGAAGGAUUGCUAUCUAGUCAAGACAAUCAUUUAUGCACUGUAAAUGUGGGAGAGACUUUGUUAGAUCACUUCAAGUAUCCACUUCCCAUUGAAAAUCAAAAUACAAUAGCAAAAGUUGAAGUACAGGCACAUGGAAACAACAACUGUGAUGAUGAAGAUCUUGAAAAAUACAAGGAAUUAAAUCUUCCUGAAGAAGCUGAACAUAUGCAUUCACCUUAUCUGCCUUCAAAUGGUCUCCACUUUCUCUCUUCUGUAGCGAUGCAGCAUAAAAAUUGCCGUGUUCCAACUUCAAGCAUUUUCUCUCCAGAAGGAACAGUCCAUCAAAACGUCAGAAUGUUACCAGUUAUUUGCCAGUUGGAAGGAAGUACUCAAAUACUCUGUAUAAACAGUUGUGGCACACAAGAACUAAAACCAGUUCAUCUAAUUCCUGAGUACCACGACCAACAUCAUAAUUAUCUUCAAUCAGAUGUGGACAACCGUGUAACAUCUGUACUGGGGCAGUUUUUGCCUAUUCCAGGUGAACCUGUUCUGAAUGAACAAGAGUUUGAAGAUGGACCCUUACAACCAGUAGCUGGCACCACCACAUUCCAUCUGGAGUCACAUCUGCAUGGGCCAGUGACAAUGACCUCAGAGGGAUACUGUGAUUGCUUUGCCAAUGGUGAGUUUUGCAACAACUGCAACUGCAAUAACUGUUACAACAAUCAACUUCAUGAAAGUGAGCGAUUUAAAGCCAUUAAGGCCUGUCUUGAAAGAAACCCUGAAGCUUUCUUACCAAAGAUUGGGAAAGGGAACCUAGGAGAAAUUAAACCUCACCAUAAUAAAGGAUGUAAUUGCAAGCGCUCAGGAUGCCUCAAGAAUUAUUGUGAGUGCUUUGAGGCUAAAAUUAUGUGUUCUGCUAUUUGCAAAUGCAUUGGUUGCAAAAAUUAUGAAGAAAGUCCAGAUGAAAAAAAACAGCUGAAUGUGCUAAACUACAUGGAGACUGUGAAUAAUGAAGGAAACAGCCUGGUUUUAGCAUCAACAUUCAAAACGUUACCAAAAUUGAAGACAGACAGGCAACGAGCUGUAUGCAUACCUUUGGAAGAAGUGAAAGCCACAUGUGCGUGUCUCCUGGUGCAAGCUGAAGAGGCAGAAAAAAGAGGUUACACUGUCUGUCUAGCUGAGCAGAUGAUCAUGGAGGAAUUUGGGAGAUGUUUAUCCCAGAUCCUACAUGCAUAAUUAAAAUUUAAAGGACUGAAAGUUGAAUAA